UUCAAAUUUGAGGUACAUGUCCCCAGGACAUUUAUUUCAAGAUAUGUGACAGCACAGCUGUCUAUGGGACGGCAACAUUGGUGCAGUGCAGAAUCCAGUCUGAGAGACUGGAAAAAACUGGCUCUAAGCUUUGAUAAUUAAGACAAUAGUCAAAUAUGAAGGUUGUUCAAUAAAUAAUGAUAAAGGUACAUGCGUGACUCCACGUGGGGGUAAAGAAGCAAUUUAGUUUCUACAGAUGUACUGAUUAAACGCACAUAGAAAUAUGGAGUAUAAAAGAGAAACAAGAUCUGUGUGUGAUCAUUCGACAGAAUGCAGCACACAGCACAUUUGUCUGUAUCAGGCUCAACAUUCACAAAUACAAAGACUUUCGACAAGAUGAAAAUCUACGCAGUCUCAGAGAAUUUCAGAGAGAAAACUGUUAGUCAGCAGAGCAUCAUCUCACCACAGCGCUUUGGUAAGAUCGAUGAAGGCGAACUUCAAGAGGGACCAGAAGAAAAGGGAAGAUGGAGAAUUCUGAAAAACUUCUUCUGUUUUUCAUUUGCCUUCACAUUAAUGCUGCUACCCCAGAAUUCCCUUGAAUCGCUUCAGAGUAGCUUGAACAGCGAGGGGGGCCUUGGUGUAGCUACAAUUGCAACAUGUCAUGCCACUAGUAUCAUCUGCAGUCUGAUUGUAUCUCCCACCGUGCUUGGUUACAUAGGAGAAAAGAGGACAAUGAUGUUGGCUUGGUGCUGUGUGCUGCUGUACUAUCUUGCUAAUUCCUAUGCCGCCUGGUUCACUCUGAUACCAGCUGGCAUGUUAAUGGGGGCAGGCUUUAGUCUAGCAUGGGCUGCAUUUGGGACAUUGUUGACUUCGAUAGCCACUGAUUAUGCCCAUUUUAUGAAACGUGAGAACAUUCAACCAACCAUUGAUUUAUUCUUUGGGGCUUUUCUUGGUAUAUUCAACAGUGGGCGAAUUUGGGGUGAGCUUAUAUCAUCCAAUAUUCUCAUGAACGCAAACCUUGCUCCAAUUGAAGAUGAAGAUGAACUUGCACACAUAAAUGAAACUGGUUUUGUGCAUAAAGAUGUUUGUGGAGCUGAAUUCUGUCCAAAUUCAAAUUUAAAUAACACAAACAUAAUCCGACCAUCUGAACAGAGCAUCUACAUCCUGGUUGGUGCAUUCCUGGGCCUAACGGGGCUUGCGUUUCUCUUGAUCAUCCUGCUUGAUGCACCAAAACUAAAAGCUGAUGAGAAUGCGAAGAUGUCAGACAGACUGGUCCAGUUAUUCAAGCAACACAGAAGUCUAAAGCUGUGCCUACUGACCCCGAUGCUCAUAUUCACUGGAGUCAGGAACUCUCUCAUCCUCGGAGACUUCAAUCAGGCCUAUGUGAGCUGUGAAUUGGGCAUUGGCUAUAUCGGGAUGUCUAUGUUAUGCCUGGCAAUCUGCAACACACUCACAGCACCAUUAUUUGGACUUCUCUCAAAAUGGCUACCAUCAUAUGUACUUGUCACAGUUGCCAUGGUGAUGAAUGCUAUCAGCACGUUAGUUAUGUUGAUGUGGGAACCAUCAACGGACCAAUACUGGUUGUUCUUUGCCUUACCUGGUUUCUAUGGGGUAGCUCACUCUAUUUGCCAAACACAAGAGAAUGUGCUUAUUGCAAGACUUUGUCCAGAGGAUCUCAAGAGCAGCUUCAUCAUCAGAAAUAUGUGGCAGUCAUUUGGAUUCGCAUUCUCCUUUGCUAUCAAUGGAUUCUUGUGUGUUUGGGUAAAAGCAUAUAUCAACCUUGGACUGCUUAUAGUUGUUAUGAUAUGUUAUUUCACUCUGGAGAUUCUUCUCCAUACAGUGUGGUGUGAGGACAAUAAUGCUCAGGACAAUACUGUUGUUGAUUUAAAUAUCCAUGAUAACACUGUUAUAACAAAUGUGGCUCAUGAAAAUGUUGGUUUUACAAACUCUGAAGCCAAAACAAUAUGUGAUAAAGAAAAAAUUACAGAUAUAGAUUUUUCACGGGUGUAAUUUCAUAUGAAAACAUUUGAGUAUGAUGUUUUGAGACAGAAGCCACUUUUGUUUACCUAUGGCAAAGUCAAAACAUCAAAACAUGAUUUGUAACUGAAUGAAAGAUUGAAUGUACUUGUAUGAAUGAAAAAUAUGUGUAUGUCAAGCAUGAUGUUUU